AGCGCCCGGGCGGGCUUGGGGGCCUCGGGCGGCGCUAACGGGGGGGUCCUUGCAGGCGGGAUCCAGAGCCGCUCAGAGAGCCCAAGCCAUGGUGGCCAAACAGCGGAUCCGGAUGGCCAACGAGAAGCACAGCAAGAACAUCACCCAGCGGGGAAACGUAGCCAAAACCCUGAGACCACAAGAAGAAAAAUACCCUGUAGGACCAUGGCUGUUGGCACUAUUUGUUUUUGUUGUGUGUGGCUCAGGUUGACCACAUAAGCACUGGCCUUUCUUGGAGACUACCAGAACAUUCUUGAAAUUUGACACUUGGAGUCACCCUCUGAGACGGGCAAGUGGGGUGCUGGAGGAACUGAACCACCCUGGAGGAAAGAUGGAGGCCACUCAUCUGCCUUGGAGCUUCCUCUUCAGGAUCCGGGUGGACAGUCUGAAGGAGACAUCUCAUCGGCCAUCAGCUGCCUCAAGAUGACCUGCAGCCUCCUGGGUUACGCACCACCUUCUGCCCUGUGCAGGAGCAGCUGACACUGCAGAGUCCCUUCCUGGAAAGGAAGCUUCUGCUAUUCUAAUGUGGGUAGACGGCAUCACCUGCUUUGCUAAUAAUACCUGCAUUUUAAUGGCACCUUUCUGUCCUCCCUUCUGGCAUCUCUUUCCAUUCCCUUUUCUCCUUCACUGGAGGGGCUACCAAGGAAUACUACCAGAAAAUUGUCUUGCCUUUCACCUUUUUGUGCUGAUCUUUCAGUGAGCUUAGUGCUCUGCUUUUACAGUCUCCUGUCUUCUAACCUUUCUGCUCCUCUCUCAGGGACCCAUUCCUUUUUGCUUUCAUCUCUUUCAUUUGUCUAAGUGAAAAAUAAAGUUUAAUGUCCAAGGUUAUGUUGUCCUUAUAAAGGCUAGCUCUCUGGACUGUCCUAACCUCUUUUCUCAACAGCUUCCCUGAUUUCUCUUAUCAUCAAAUAUUUUUUUUUAUUGGUACCAGGGAUCAAACUCAUGCUGCCUGCUUGCAAGGCAGGUGCUUAUGCCGCUGAGCUAAAUCUCCAGCCCCCUUCAUCAACUAUUUUUAAUAAACAUGUUUUAUGAAGCCUC